UGCCUAAUUUGCAAGCACUGGCUUGAAGGCAAUUUCUUUCACAAAUCAUAGAACCAUAUACGAGUAAUAAUGUGCUAAACACCCUAAUUAAUCACAUAGCAUUAUUUCGGCAAGAUAUGCCUAAUUCCCUUCUCAGACACUGUCAUCCGGCUGACACACCGCUCGUGGCCGCAUGAUUAACGGGUCGAGCCGAAUCGGGCAGCAAAUGAUUCCCGACCCGCCAUCGCCAACGAAGCAAGCACCCAACGCAAUCAACCGCGUUAUAUCCAUCCAUGUAUGGAGGCCGCAGGCGACUUUUAUAAAAGCCGCCUCCCCUCGCCGUUGCCGGACACUGCCAAAAAGCAGGGGCCGCCAACCUCCCCUCCGCUCUGCUCUGCUCUGUUCGCCAUUGUCGUCCGGUGAAGCAAUGGCGCGCUGUGGUGUCGCCGUUCUCUUGCCGAUCCUGCUGGCCUGUGUCGCGGCGUCGGCUGCCGCGGGCGGUGCGGAUCGGCAGCACCGGCGGGGGAGCGGGGCGUCGGCGCGGCUGCAGCUGGUGCCCGCCGCUCCGGGCGCGUCGCUGGCAGAGCGCGCGCAGGACGACCGGCACCGGCACGCCUACAUCUCCGCGAGGCUGGCGUCGUCGUCGUCGUCGUCAAGCCGGCGCCGCGCGGCCGAGACGUCGACCGCCCCGAUGCCCGAGGCGUCGGCGUUCGCGAUGCCGCUGACGUCGGGCGCGUACACGGGCACGGGGCAGUACUUCGUGCAGUUCCGCGUGGGCACCCCCGCGCAGCCCUUCGUGCUCGUCGCCGACACCGGCAGCGACCUCACCUGGGUCAAGUGCCGCGGGCGCCGCGCGUCCUCGCCGGACGCGUCUCCGUUAGCGUCGCCGCGCGUGUUUCGGCCGGCCAACUCCAAGUCGUGGGCGCCCAUCCCGUGCUCCUCCGACACGUGCAAGUCCUACGUCCCCUUCUCCCUCGCCAACUGCUCCGCCGGCACCACCCCGCCCGCCCCCUGCGGCUACGACUACAGGUACAAGGACAAGUCGUCGGCCCGCGGCGUGGUGGGCACGGACGCGGCGACCAUCGCGCUGUCCGGCUCCGGCUCGGACAGGAAGGCGAAGCUGCAGGAGGUGGUGCUGGGCUGCACCACCUCCUACGACGGCCAGAGCUUCCAGUCCUCGGACGGCGUGCUCAGCCUCGGCAACAGCAACAUCUCAUUCGCCUCCCGCGCUGCCGCGCGCUUCGGGGGCCGCUUCUCAUACUGCCUCGUCGACCACCUCGCCCCGCGCAACGCCACCAGCUACCUCACGUUCGGCCCCGUUGGCGCCGCGCAUUCGCCGUCCAGGACGCCGCUGCUGCUCGACGCCCAGGUGGCCCCGUUCUACGCCGUCACGGUCGACGCCGUGUCCGUCGCCGGGAAGGCGCUCAACAUCCCUGCCGAGGUGUGGGACGUCAAGAAGAACGGGGGUGCCAUCCUCGACUCCGGCACCAGCCUCACCAUCCUCGCCACCCCGGCGUACAAGGCGGUGGUGGCUGCGCUGAGCAAGCAGCUGGCCAGAGUGCCGCGGGUGACCAUGGACCCGUUCGAGUACUGCUACAACUGGACGGCCACGAGAAGGCCGCCGGCCGUCCCGAGGCUGGAGGUGCGGUUCGCCGGGUCGGCGCGGCUUCGGCCGCCGACCAAGAGCUACGUGAUCGACGCGGCGCCCGGCGUCAAGUGCAUCGGGCUGCAGGAGGGCGUGUGGCCCGGGGUGUCCGUCAUCGGCAACAUCCUGCAGCAGGAGCACCUCUGGGAGUUCGACCUCGCCAACCGCUGGCUUAGGUUUCAGGAGAGCCGUUGUGCACAUUAAUUAAUUAAUUAGGCAGCACUUAGUGGUCAUUUCUUCUGGUUCCGUUUUCCUUGUUUCCCGUAAGGGUCUCGCUGAUUCUGUAAGGCUCUCUGUCAUAAGCAAGCGUUAAUGAAAUGCAUGGGAUGAAGGUACUA